GUUAGGCGAGGACGCAGGACCAUGCUUAAAAACAGCCGAAUUUAAUCCCGAAGAUAAGUGCAGAGCAAAAGCGCUCUUCAUUUAGCGUCAUGAUAGCUAAUUAGGUUUUAAAUGCGACAUUUAAACUGUUGAGUGAAACCGGCGUAUCGCAACACUGAUUUUGCGCAAUUGUUUCCCUCAUCUUGCGACAGAUUUUUCGGGGAAUAAAAGAUGAUUCUCGACGUGCUCUGUUCCUAUGACAUGAUUUGGAUUGCAACUUGCAUUUUGGGGGGAAAUCAGCACUGAACGCAGUAUACGUCGUUUUUUGGACAACUUUGGUGCCAGUGGACACGGGCUGUCGCGAAAGUCUCUAACUGCCUCUGGAUUGUUGCUGUUGGACUGAUGUCUCUGAGCAGGAUGGACCUCGUCGGGUUCUACUUGUUCCAGCUGGCAAUUUUGGGGGUGCCACGGCUGGUGUUGGGGGGCAGGUGGGACUGUCUGACUGCGGGGGAUUCAUGCUCUAGUGAUGAGGCGUGCAGUCCUCGCUUGAGAACGCUCCGGCAGUGCGUUGCAGGCGGGGGGAGUGUGAAGCUGGGUCCAGGGGCUCGUAACCACUGCGAGAACGCAGUGACGGCCCUAAUCUCCAGCCCCCUACAUCGAUGCCAGUGCAAACGAGGCAUGAAGAGAGAGAAGAACUGUCUCAGCAUCUACUGGAGCCUCAAGCAGUCUGUACUGCAUGGGCUGAGUUUGGUGGAGAAUUACCCCUAUGAGCCUGUUGAGCGAGGCUUUGAUUAUGUUCGCCUGGCCUCCAUCGCUGCAGAAUCUGAGGUGGGUAUGACAACAAUGAACCGUUGUUUGGAUGCCGCAAAGGCCUGUAACGUUGAUGAGACCUGCCAGAAGCUGCGCACGGAGUACGUGUCAGCGUGCAUCGCUCCAUCAGCGCGAUCUGGGCCGUGUAACCGUGCACGCUGCAUCAAAGCGCUAAGAAAGUUCUUCGACCGCGUGCCACCCGACUACACACACGAGCUGCUCUUCUGUCCAUGCUCCGACACCGCAUGCGCAGAGCGACGGCGCCAGACCAUUGUUCCCACGUGCUCAUAUGAAGAGCGGGAGAAACUCAAUUGCCUGGCCCAACUACGAGUUUGCGAGGCUGAUUAUGUCUGCAAGUCUCGCUGGGCUCAGUUCCAGCAUGACUGCCAACCCUCCGAGCUCACUGCCAGCAGCUGCCAGCAUGAAAAUUAUGGAGCUUGCCUUAUUGCAUACACCGGCCUGAUAGGUAGCAUUAUCACUCCAAACUACCUAGACAACGCUACAUCCAAUGUGGGACCAUGGUGCACAUGUGCGGCUAGUGGGAAUUUCCGAGAUCAGUGCAGCCACUUCCUCAGCCAUUUCCAUGAAAACAAUUGCUUAAAAAAUGCCAUCCUGGCUUUUGGGAAUGACACAGACCUGAAAUCUGCUACCAAUCAAGCUCCAGGCUCUAACACCAACAUUUACAACCAGAUCUUAGUCCCAAGCACUGAGACUACCAACAUUAUUGGUGCUUCCAUGGAGACUGAACAGAAAAUCCUCCGGCCACAGAUUCCAACACAGAUGAACGAGAGAGACAGACUGUGGGGUGACUCCACGCUCCCCUCCCCUGAUCUCUAUGACAACAGUCCCGCAGCAGCCCACCUAGCCAUAUUAUUGUGGCUGCUGCCCUUCCUUCUGCUGGCUCUCCAACUUUAAAAUGAAGCAAACAAUCAAAACACCAUGAAACUGUGACAGUGUGUGUGUGUGUGUGUUCACGAGUUUUAACCUCUGCCAACUGCAUUUCAAAAACACCUUUGGAGAGAACGCAAGAACUGCAAACAUCUCUAAAAAUACGAACCUCUACCCCGUUCCACCAAUGCAAUUUAGUGAUUCUUUGUCUGGAUAUACCCAGUGACUGAUUUCAAGGGUUUAAAUAAUUGUGUAUGUGUCUCAAACUAUUUUAGACUGAAAAUGGUUCCCGUGUAAGAUAAACCCCCUUUCUUCAAUGAGACUGAAAUGCUGUCGCCUGGCGACUGAGUCCUGCCAAUGAUAUGCUCCUCAAAAAAGAAACCCCUAUCUGUUCAUAAUCCAUAUUUAAUGUUUUUUCCCCAGCUCUUUUGAGCACAAGACAUUGGUUUGUGUGUUGUAUAUUCAAUGAGGUAGAGGUGUGUAUUGUGAUGUCUGCUUGAAGGAAAAAAACACAAGGAUAAGUGGUUUACGAGAGGAAAUUCUAUGUACACUAGAAGUGUCUACACUAUGAGCUACUUAACAUGAGAAUGGGCUUCAAUGAGUUACAGAGAUGGUCUUUAUUUUUGUAAUGUGGUUGAAUUGUUGAGAUGCUUCCCCUUCCCUCCUCAAGCAGUCCUGGAGUGGAGGAGUGCACUUUUGUUAAUAAAAUGUUACACACAGUGAACAGCAACAAGAGCAAUAGAGUUAAAGUAUCUGCAUUAUAGACCCCAUGAAAUCGCUUGAUAAGCACAAUUUUCUUUCCGGUGUUGCCGGAUUGUAAAAUAAAUUUGAGGCAGGGCAUAUCUAACGACUAGCCCAUUUUCUAAAAUAGACGAUAGUCUUAAAAGGAUAGUGCACCCAGAAAUGAAAUUCUGUCAUUAUUUACUCAUCGCAAUGUUACUCUAAACCUAUAUGCUUCCGUAAAGCAUAAAAAUGUGAAUAUUUAGAAAGUCUUCACAGGUUUUAUUUGCCAUGUAAUGCAAGUGAAUAGAGACUCUGGUCUAUCAAACUCCAAAAAAAAACAAAGAACGAAAGAAAGAAAAACAAAAAACAGUACAAGCAAUCAAUAACAAUUACACCACUGGAUAUGACUCAUGCACAUUAUUCCUUGAAGUCUUUUGAAGCCAUUAUCACUUUCUGUGAUAGAAUGCAAUUUAUGUUGUUCUCAACUCUCUGACAUAAUGAAAUAAUCAAUAAAGUACUGAAAUCAAAUAUGCUGAUUCAUUAAAACUCAUCACCAGACGUCAUGUUGCAAGAACCAUAUUUCAGCGCUUUGUUUUUAUUUUACAGUGAAUAAUGACAUUUUGGUCUGUACAUCACUCAGUGAUCAUUUCAGUUUAAAAGACUUGGAAUAAAGUCAACCAACUGUAUCGAUUGCUUAUACUGUGGUUUUAUGUUUUUUUUUUAUUAACAUUAACUAAGAUGAAUAACUGCUGUAAAAUGAUUGUUCAUUAUUAGUUCAUCUUAACUAGUGUUGCUAAUUAAUGUUAACAAAUGGAACCUUAUUUUAAAGGGUUACCUUUAAUUAUUUUAAGUGAACUGCUCUCAGUUGACAUGAGAUUAAGAUGGUGGUAUUAGGGGGAGGGGCAUUCACAUUAUAGAGAGAAUUUGAUUGGACAAAAAUUGGGAUAUGCCCCUAUAGUCCAAGAUAAGACAAUAUUGAAAAUGUUACACAUAGGGUCCAAUGGGGCUAAAGGCACCCCUCAAGGAAAUUUAGCUUUUUUCAUGGUUGCAAAAGUCUCUGUGUAAAAAUAAAUAAUAAUGGAAGGUUGUUUUAAACAAAAUUCAGUUUUUAAAAUAAGGUGGUGAUGGUGAGGGUAAAAGGCCCCAAGGGGGUUUAAAGUGAUAGUGUAGAUACUGGGGCAAUAGUUAUAGGGCACAAUUGGUCAACUAAUGCAAAUCAUUUGAUGAUUUCUUAUGAGUGACAAAUUAAGAUGAUGCUUCACUACCAUUUCCUGUUAAUUUCAAACACAUUUGGCAUUUUAUUACAUCAAGUAUUCUAUAAACAAUCUAGGGCUGGGCGAUAAAACGAUAUCAAUAUUUAUCGCGAUAAAAAAAAACUCCACGAUAUCGACAAUAAGCUUUUGAGUAAUUUGCGAUAUUUAGCCUGUGUUCUACAUCUAGACAUGCAUGUUGCUAAAAACACUAGCAGUUUGGCUUUCUUAUCAUAUGUUUCCACUGGCACGUGCUGAGUGAAUAUGAGCGAGCACUUUCAAUUACUUUCUAUGAAAGCCGAACGUCAAGCUCGCGAGGUGGAUUGUAAAAUUGACAGCAGUGCGGGGCAAGCAGUUCCCUAAUGUUGGGAGUGGCUUUGUGUGGAUUUCUUCCACUUCAGUGGAAAUGCAGCCUCAGACUCCAUGAAGUUGGUAUUGCCCCCGCUACGCAGGUCACCGCGUUCCGGAUCCCAGAUAGAUUCCAUCUUGACUGCUAGACAUCAUGAUGAUGGUUAUGCCCUCUCCUCGUCUCUAGUGAGCAGCGUGGCAAAACAACUGUGCCGGUGACAUCAUAUCUGAUCUUUCUGUGCUGUAUUCUUCACUGAUGCCCUAUCCUGGGUCGCUCCCGCUUCCUCUUUUACCCACAUCUGCGUAAACAUGAGGUGCGUGUUUCCAGAGCGCCUUUAGACCAUAAUGUUUUUUCUUUCUAAAUGUAGUUUUAUUAAUCAGCAUGUUCCAAGACUUUAAUAAUAAACAUAGAUUUCAGUUCUAAUGUUGGGAAAUUAUUCAGAUGUCAUCAUCUCUGACCAGGAUGAAAGACAAAACAAUUACUAGUUUGUAGUCUAGUCUUUCACUUUAAUGAAAAUAGAAAAAUGGUCCAUUCAGACUUUUACAUUUUCAAAAGUUUCUCUCUGGAGAUACAUCUGAACCCACAUACAGUAUCAUUCCUCAGUCACAAGGGCUUCUAUGCACCCAUACUUGGAUAUCUGUAUGUAAAGAAAUUUGAAAAUAAAUUUAAUGUAAAUUUUGUCUCAAAGGAAUUGUGUUAUUUUCAGGUAUUUUCAUUAGCUACAUAAAUGUACAACAUUUAAUUAAAAAAAUAAAUGAGAUGAAAUUACCUCAAAAUCAACUUUUAGACAUUACAUGCAAUGAUCUCAUGGAACAGGACAAAUUGGCAGUAUAUAGUGACAAACAGAUGUUUAGGAAAGUGCAUUAGUUUUUGUUGCUAUUUCGUGUUUUAGGAGAAAAUAAAAAUCAAUGGAGCCUUUUACCCCGCUGAGCCUUUAGCCCUGUUGUACCCUAUAUCUUGAAUUAAAUGUUUUGUCAUGUUUUAGGAAUACACUAGCAUAUCAAUGGUUUUAGAGUUAACAGACAUGGACUAAAAGCCACAAAACACCAAUUUUGAUUUCAUGGGGUCUUUAAUGGUUUUUAUUGUGGGGUUCUUGAGCAGUUCUCAUGUACUUCAGCUGUGGAUGGGUGUCUAAAUUUCUGCAGCAAACUGCUCAUUUAACAACACUGUUGUUAAAACACUUCCUGUUCAUGUGACUCAUGAGCAGCCUUUCCCCCAUUUCCCACUGUUUCACAGUCAAUCUGAACGAGCACAAUGAAAGUUCAGCGAUUGUUUCCAGUGACUGACAGCACAGUAUUCUGCCACUCAACAAAGCUAUGUUGCUUUUUACUUGUUGCUUUUUACUAUGUUGCUCCAGAUACUAUUGACCAAUCGGCUUCAUGUGAGAAAGGGGCACAGCAUUUCUGUCAAAUGGGUGAAAUUUGUGGAUUUUACUUGUUAUUUCCUGAAAAAUAAAGUUGCCAAAUAUGGAUGUACAGAAUAGAAUGUGUCCAAAUAUGUUUUA